AUGGUGCGCCUUGCAUCUAAUCAUCUCCUCCCUUCCCACCGCAAAUCAGGCAUCGGUCUACUGGCGGUAGUGCAGGCGAUGAUGACAGAUGGCAUCAAGACCUGUUUGACCAGAGAGGUGGUGGAGGCCGAAGAUGAUAAACCUACUGUUAACGGUGCGUCUUGCAUCGAAUCCUCUCCGUCCCUUCCCACCUCAAUCAGGCGACACUCUACUGGUGGCAGCGGUGACGAAGACAGAUGGCAUCACGACCUGUUUGACCAGAUCGGCGACAAUGAUGACGGCCCUACUGGUGAUGGUGUCCCCCCAGCCAACGACCUCCGCGCUCUGCUCAGGGCCAAGGGGGGGAACCUGCAGGGGGCAGGGGGAAAAUUAGGGGGAAGGCUGGGCGGAAAAGUGCAGGUGGGGGACCUCCGCCACAAGUUGUCUGGGGGGAGCGGGGGAAAGGGGGGAAACGGGGGACGCGGGGGGAAGGUCACCAGGGGGAGGCUCGACGCAGGAGGGGGAGGCAGUGCGGGGAUUUUUGCAGCAGAAGGGGAGAGGGGAGGGAAUGGGGAAGCAGUAGCACGGGGAAGAGGAGGGGAGGGAAUGGUGGUGAGGGGUAGAGGAGCAGUGACGAACCUCUCCUCUCUAUCCUCCGUAUCUUUUAGGAGUGAUGAGAGGAUGGUGGUUGGUGGGGACGUGGGAGGGGUGGUGAGAGUGGCAGCUGCUGCUGCUGCCGCUGCUUCUACUGCAGCAGGAGGAAGGGGAGGGGGAGAACGGCUAGUGAAGCAGCAGCAGCCGCGGCAGCAGCACCAGCAGCAGCAGCAGGAGCAGCAGCAGAGGAGGCUGACAGUGGUGGUGGCAAAUGAUGGGGUUGGAGGAGCAGGGAGCGUCAGGAGGAGAAGCACCGUGGUGGGGGCGGUAGGAGUGGGGAAAGAGAGGGGGCUGGCAGCUAUGGAUGCUGACGUGGCGAUGGAGGGGGGAGAUGAGCAGCAGGUGAGAAAGCGGCUGGAGCGAAGGCUGUGCGUGGAUGCUGACGUGGCGAUGGAGGGGGGCGACGAGCAGCAGGUGAGAAAGCGUGAGAAGGGAGUGGCUGCAAUGUUUGCUGACGUGGCUAUGGGAGGGGCUGACGAGCAGCAGGUGAGAGGCAGCUGGGGAGAGGAGAACCCAUGCGCAUCCUGUGGUUCGUGUCUUUAA